AUGGCGGGUGAUAGAGACACACUCUUGAGCAUGGGAUUCGAAGCCGCGCGUAUCGAUUGGGCUUUACGCGCCACGAGCAAUGCUGGCCUCCAACCAGCGCUCGAUUUUCUAUUCGCACAUACGGACGAUCCAGUCCCAGACUCUACAGAUCAGGGUGGCUCAUCAGCUAAUGUGGCUGGAUCAGGGACGGCUCCAAACAACGACGAGGAAGAUGACGAAGACGCCGAAGCAUUACGUGCUGCCCUUGGCAAGAGUGUUGCAAAUGUAGUCCCUGGUGGAGAACAAGGCGGAGCUGCUCCUGAAGAGGCGAAGAGCAUCAAGUGUUCGGAAUGUGGAAAGGUCUUCAAGAAUGCUGCGAUGGCAAACUUCCAUGCCGAAAAGAGUGGGCAUGACCAAUUCGAAGAGUCGACGGAAGAGAUCAAACCCCUCACCGAAGAAGAAAAAGCGCAAAAGCUUGCUGAUUUGCGGGCUAAGCUAGCAGAGAAACGUGCUCAGAAGUCCACCGUUGAUGCCGAGGAAGCGCGCGCCAAUGCCGCUAUUAGGAAGAAGGCCGAUAGAGAAGCAAGCGAAGCUCGCGAGCAGCUGGAGGCAAAGGAGGCUCUUAAAGCUGCUGAACGCGCAAAACGAGAGAAAGCAGAAGACAAGAGAAUACGAGAAGAACUCAGACAGAAGAUUGAACAAGACAAAAAAGAGCGUCGUGAACGCGCAGAGAUGGAGAAGCUCCGUAGAGAGGGCGUGAGCGUACCUGCAGCUGCAUCCAUACAACCGGCACCCGCUGCUCCUGCAAGUGUGGCGCCGGGAACUGCUGCAGGCGAAUACAAGGAAGCUCGUCUACAAAUUCGCGUGCAAGGCGUACCUGCACCGCUUAAAACCACACUGUCGAGUGAUUCCGCUCUUCGCGAGGUGGCAGAAUUUGUUGCCGGCCAAACACUUAGCGUCAACGCCGACACCGUAAUAUUCAAGAUGCAUUACCCGAACAAAACUUUCACCCCGGCUGAUUAUGGAAAGACUCUGAAGGAGCUUGGGUUGACGCCUUCCGCGGUAAGUUUCAUCUAUCACGAAAAUUGA